AUGAGUGAAAACGAUAAAAAAAUUAUUGACCAAGAAACUGUGCGUAUCAAACAACUUUUAAAAGAUCAAGAAGAUGAAAUCAAUACUGAAAAGAAAAAAUAUGAUCAAUUACUUGAAAUGUUUUCUAAUGUAAAGAAGAAUGUAGCUGAUACUGUGAAAGAAUCUCUACCUGAAAUCUUAAAUGAAGCACUCAAAAGUACUAAUCUUGGUGAUGAUAUAAAAAAAUUAAUAACUGAUAAAUCAGGAGAAAUGAUCGAAAAAUUAAGUGAAAAAAUUAAGGGUGUGGGUGUUGAGGAAGAAAAAAAUAAAUUACAAAGUAUUCAAAGAAAACCUAAACCUUCAAAAUAG